ACUGAGCUGAACAACUGCAUCUCCAUGCUGGUGGCGGGGAACGACCGGAUCCAGACCAUCAUCUCCCAGCUGGAGGACUCGUGCCGGAGAACUGAGGAGAACAGCGAGGCGGCCAAGCGGGAGCUGUGCGCUCGCUUCGACGUCUUCGCAGCGCUGCUGGAGGAGAAGAAGUCGGAGCUGCUGCAGCGCAUCACCCGCGAGCAGGGCGACAAGACGGGCUUCAUCCAGGGCCUAGCCUGCCAGUACAAGGAGCAGCUGGAGAAGUCAAGCCGGCUGGUGGAGACGGCCAUCCAGGCCAUGGAGGAGACCGGAGGGGCCUCCUUCCUCAUGAGUGCCAAGCAGCUCAUUAACACGUAA